AUGGCUACCACAACUCAAAAAUCAAAAAGCGAGAUGAGCGAGAUAGAACUGCAGGCCUUGGAAGAGGCCGAGUUCCAGACUGGCCCACUUUCAAUCCUCACACAGGCAGUCAAGAAUAGCUCGCAAGUGCUGGUGGUCUGUCGAAACAAUCGCAAGCUAUUGGCCCGAGUCAAAGCUUUCGAUCGGCAUUGUAAUAUGGUGUUGGAGAAUGUGAAGGAGAUGUGGACAGAAACUCCACAAACCGGAAAAGGAAUCAAAAAGGCAAAGCCAGUGAACAAGGAUCGUUUCAUUUCCAAAAUGUUUUUACGAGGAGAUUCAGGUAUAUACUGA